GGCUGACAAAGACAUUAGUAACAAAUCAAUUUCAAUAUUUUUUCUAUUCUGAAUUACAUAGUAAAAUAACACCUAAAUAAAAAUAUGUCAUAUAUAGCCAAAGGGCCAAGAAUCUUUCGAAAUAGCAGUAAUUUAGAGCCUCCCCGAUUAAGAUCAGAGGGUCGUAUGAAAACAUAUUCAUCAGCAACAGAUCUUAGAGCAUGGAGUUUUGUUGUAGAGGAAAGAAGACAGCAUAUAUUUGAUUAUGAGGCAAAAGGUCGUGAGGGUAUAUAUCCUGAGAAAAUAGUUCCUAUAGAGCAAAUGGUCGAGGUACUUUUAUGUAUUAAAAAUGAAAGAAUAAAAGAAUUAGAAAAACGAAUUGACUACCUAGAAAAAAUGAUAGAUAUGUAUUAUUCUAAAUUAGAUCUGGCGUCUGAACAGAAAGAAAAACUGAAGAAAUUGAACAAUGAUCUUCAAGUUGCUUAUGGUCAGCUAGCAGUUCUGAACGACGAAGUCUGCGAAUGUAGUUCGUGCACUGAAAGGCCUCAAAGUAAGACCCGCAGAGCAAAAUCUGAAGAACCCAGAGGAGCAAGAGAUAGAGAUAAAUUACAACAAAAAAGUCCUAUAAAAAGAAGAAAAAGUCUAAUCGAUGAAAGUAAAAGUCAAGAUCAACUGGAUAAAAAAACGUCAAAGCUAAAAAUGGAAUUUGUUGAGAUUGAAGUGAGAUCGAAGCACAAAGGAAAAGUUUUUCCAGUUAAUAUGGCAAAAGAAACAACUGAAGAAACUAUAAAAGAGGGAAAGAAAACGAAAGAACAAAAAAUUAAAAAUGCAAUACACAAGAACUCCAAAAAAAGUGUAAAGACAACAUGUAGAGAACAACUUUUUAUUGAAGAAGACAGAAAUAAAAUAAAACAGGUUAAUCACAUUAAAGAAAAACUUGAACGCCAAUAUAAAGAAAAAGGGACAAACAUUGAUUUAGAAGUUACAGAAUCCGUAGAAACAAACUUAGAUAAAAAAGAAAACAAAGAAUGUUUAGUUUCUUUAGACACAGGCAUUGAACAUAAAUACAAACCUACAAAACACACCAAGACCAAAAAUAUUGAUGAAAAUAAUAUAUCGGAAAUUUGGAGGAAAGAAAACGUGAACAAAAAACGUAUUUCUGAAGCACAGGAUAUCACACAUAAGAGAAUCGACUCAGAUAAAAAUCAGCCGGUUGGAGACAUAUCCUUGAGUUUUAAAAAAGAAGAAAUACCAAGUGAGAAUGUUGACAAAAUCCACUGCGAAGAUAUGGACAAUAUGUCACUAUGUGAAUCUAAUGGAUAUUCUCAAACAGAUUUGUCUACAUCCAGUCCACUUUUAAAACAAAAAGAAGAUUGUGUGAAAGGCGUAAAUGUAAAAAAAUGUGAAAAAUUGUCAAUCAUGCCAAAUGAGAUUCAGUGUUUAAAAGAACAAAAGCAUGAAAAAUCGAAUCCUGCCAUAGAUGAUAAUAAAUGUUUAAGUGUAGAAGAAAAAUUAAUAUUAGAAAGUACAAAAUUACGUAAAGAUGAACUCAUAGAUGAUAUAUUAAUUUCUAGGGAUAAACGCGAUCCAAUAGAUAAUAAGGAAAUUCAUUCGGUACAAUAUUCUGGUAAAACUUCUAACAAUAUUUGCUUUGGAACCAUAUCUUCAGGGCAGCAAACGACUACUAGUCUCAUAAAAAAACAAUCAGUUGGACAACAACUUCAACUGGGAAAGAAGGUUGUAGAAAAGAAAUCAUUCGGACUGCAAACUGAAACUAAAAGAGAGAAAUUAUGUACAGAAACGAUUAAAAGAGAUCAAAAUAAUGUUACAAAUGCCUCUUCUACAUCUAAAGUGACAAAACCUAAACAAAUAGAUAAGGAAUUAGAAGAAAUAUUUUCUGAUGCAAUUGAAAAUACGAACAUUUCCGCUGAAAAGCAAGAUACGAUUGCUGUACAAGAUUCAGAUAGUGAGUAUGUAGAAGCGGUUGAAUAUAUACCUAUACCAGAAAAAGUAGAAGUAUUAGCAACAUCUGACAAUAAAAUUAAAUUUAACGAUGGCCACGAUGCAGUAGUAAAGCGUAAUGCUUCAUCAACAAGUUUCAGAGCUAUUGAAUCAAAAGAAGAAUUACAUUUAUCUGUUACUGUUGAUACUAGUCCUUCAUCCAUGUAUGAUUUAACAAUAUCCGACAAAACUAAAUUAGAUCUUUCAGAUAAUUGUAGAAAGUCACUACAUAUUAAAGAUUAUAAAUCUGAAAGCAACAAAUCGCGCCUUCUAAGCAAACGGAAACAAUUUAGUUACUCUAAAUCUGACGAAAAUAAACGACAACCAACAAAAGAAGUGAUAUCAACUGAUAAAGAACAAAAAGACAAAACAUCUGUAUUGAAAACCCCAGAAUAUGGUGUGAGAAAGUCAAAAUAUUCAAAAGAUAUAGCUUCUUCCAGUGAGCAUAAACAUAAUCAGCAGCCAAAAGCUAAGUUUGACAUCAAUUUAAAAAGUGCAACCAAGCAAAAUUAUUCAAGUAUAAAUAAAGAACGAAAACGUAUCUUAGAGUCUAAAAGUAGCAAAAACUCAUUACAAAUUGUUUAUAAACAAACAAAAGACGAACAAGCACAACAAAAAACGACAGGUAGAAACUUGCCACAACGAAUUCAAAGGCAAAGCAAGGAUAUUCAGAAAGAUAAAGUACUAAAAAACCCACAACAUCAACCUGCUAAAACUAAUGCAGAAAAUAGAAAAACAAGAGCAAAAGAAUAUAUUACGAACGAAAAAAACAAAAUUCAGGAAAAAAUAUCUCAGGAAAUGAAACCUUGUAAAGAAAUAGAAACGCUGCAAAGAAGUACUGACUAUGAUUCCAAUAGUUCAAAAGAAUUCACACAAAAGAUGGAUGGAGAUAUCGUAGAUGAAUAUUGCAUUAAAAGAGAUAGCAGUUUAGAUCAGAAGGAAUCUACAGGUCAAUCAGAAUCUAUCUCUAAUAAAUUAUCAGAUGAGCACGAACAAUGGUUAGAGCAAAAAAUAAUGCUUAGUACAGAAGAAAAAGAAGGCCAAUGUAAGGGACAAUGUGCCAAAUCUCCAUUUUCAUUACCAAUAUAUUAUAAAGACAUCAAACUUAAUAAGGUCGGUUUAGAAAAUAUUUAUUUGCGCAACAAAUAUUUGAGAGAACAGCUAAAUAUGAGAGAAAGCAUUUUAAUUGAAGGACAAGAGAAACCAAUAACGGAGAACAAAAAUAAAAAGAAAAAGUAUAAAUAUUUCAAGUGUGACAUAAAAACAGAACGUUAUGGUAAAAAUAAAUUAAACAAAAACACGAUAGAAGACUUAGGAGGAUCCAUAAAGAAGAAUGAGGGACGACAUCGGCAAAAAGAAACAGCAGCAAAUACAGCCAAAGAUAAAAGACAUAAGAAAACCGAGCAAGCACUACUAAAUUCUUUCUUUAACAAAAGACAAAGGAAACACUCAAAACAUAAUGCAGAUGAUAAAACCUCCGAGGAAAUUUUCGGCAUAAAAUUUGGAAAUAAAAAGGGAACUGAAAUAAAAAGAAAGAACAAAUUAUCACGUUCUUCAUCUCGCAAUUUAGCCUGUCGAUAUAUUAUUCCGACGAAAAUUAAAUCCAGAAAAAACAUUUGUUCGCGUAGAGGACAUCAGAAAGAGCAUGAAAACGGUAAGAAGGAAGGCAUGGACAAUAAAUAUCAAUUAACAGAGUUAAGUAAUAGACAAAAAUCAAAAGCACAAACUAACUUUUUGAUGAAACAUAGACAUACUUCGUACACUAAAAAGAGAUGGAAUGAAUCUAGUUCAGAUGAUGACAAUAGAAUAUUAGCAAACGAUUGCAACGUAAUUUUGUGUAACAAUUGUGAUACUAGUGAACCAGACGCUCAUAUAAAUACAGAAAGCUGUGCAUCAGAUUAUCUUUCAAAAAUUAAAGCAUGCUCUGAAAGUUGUGACGUAAUAACUAGCGACCAUGUUAAACAAUUGGUGCCCUAUAAAACUACCCAAAUUAUGUAUAACAGUUUAACUAAACCAGUACCAUUAACUAUGAAGAUACAAAAAGGAAUUAACGAAAAAAUUGUAACGGCUACCAAAUCAGGAAUUUUUCUUUUAAUUCCAAAAAAUGAACCGUUAAGUCAGAUGAAAAUACCUGGCGGCUAUUUCGCUGGUGAAUCCUACUUUAAAGAAUAUAUUACUUCAAGUACCAGAAUAAAUCAAUUAUUAGAUGUUACUGAUAGUUAUGAUCAACAUUUAGCAGCUAAUAUAGGCAAUUGUGCGUAUAUUAAUCCCAUAAUAUUUACUUAUCAAGUAAGUGAGAAAAAUUCUGAUAGUUCUAACAGUGGAUACGCACAUAGAUCAAUUAAACUGGUCCCAAGUACACGACUGUCAAGAGUACUGUCUGGUGAUUCGAGCAGUUUAAGUCCAAUUAGAAUCUCUCUUUGGUCAUCUUCAAUUAACUUACCCCAGAUAUUAUCUAUGGUAGAAAAUAAAAAUGCAUUAUCUAAAAGUACCAGUUACACAAGUUUUAGUCAGGAAAGGAAUAAUUGCUGCAGGAAUUACACGCUUCCUGAAAACCUCCAUCAUAUAAUAGAUACAUGUAGUACUUAUAUGGAAGAUAUUAUUCAACAGCAAACUAAAAUAAUUGAUGAUACUGCUUACGAUAAGAAAGAACGAACUCGUAUGUGGAAUGAAAACAGUUUAUAUAACCUUACUGACUGCUCAUAUAUAGACUAUAGUGAUAAUGAAGAAUUCAAAUAUAGAAAAUAUGAAUUACCACAUAUAAAAAGAGCCAUAACUAGUUCAGAACAAAGUACAACGGAUGAUGAUACUGAGUUAGGACCAAAUAAACAGAUUGAGAGAUUAAAGUACAAACUUAAUAUCAAACAAAAUCGUGUCAAGAACACGACUAAAUCUUCACAAGAAAAGAACCCAAAUGAUAUAGGUGAUGAUGAUGCAACUAUAAAUUAUUUACAAAAUAUUAUUGAAAUUAGCAGCAUUUCAGAACAAAGUGCAGGAAACACCGAUAAUGAAAACGAGAAUAACGCAGACCGUAACGCAGCUGUUAUAAAUAUGUCAUAUGAUUUACAAUCAGCCCAAUCAGACAAUAAAAAUAUUUUUCAGCUUUUUUUUGAAUUUAUGGCGAGUAAUACUCAUAAAGAAAUAGAUGGUUUUCCCGAACAUGAUGUACAGAACGAAAUAUGUAUCAAACAAACAUACUGUUCAGAACAGAAAAAAAUUGCUGCAGAUACUAUUCAACAACUAGACAACAUUAAAAACGUUAUUGAGGAACGCGAUGAUUUAAGACGAAAAUUAGAACAAUCGCAGCAAGAACUUGAAGAUCUCAAAGGAGUCAUAGCAUCAGAUAAUCCUCAGAAUAAAGAUCAUAAUUAUGGUGAAGGUCCAAGUGAAUAUAAUAAUUUCGGUAGACCUACCUAUACCGAGUUCAACUACCAACAGAUAAAAAAUACCCUUGAAACCGAAAUCGACCAGAUGGUUGAACGAAUAGACACAUCCCACAUAGAACCCGAACAGAUUAAGAAAGAGUUCGAAAAAGUGUUAAAAGGAUAUUGCUCAAAACUAUCUGAUGUGCAGAAACAGAAUAAAGAAUUAAAAACUCAGAUUUACGAAUAUGACAAAAUGUUUGCAAUACUUGGGUGUAGGGAGCACACCCCACUCCAAUUACAUGAACUUAAACACAAAAUAGAUCGCCUCAAUAACACAAUACGAGAAAGAGAUACAUUAAAAAACAAAGUUAACAAACUUGAAAAACAGCUAUAUGCGUACAGCUAUCUUCCAGAAGAUGUAGAAAUAUUUAAGCAACGAUCUCUUCUUUUGGACGAUGUUUUGGAAGACAGAGAUCGUUUAAGUCAAAAACUAGAGGAACUUCGUGGUCUGGACCAAGAAGUUACUAUUUUAAAAAAGAAAGCUGGUAGAGUAGCUGAGCUGGAAGAUAAUUUGUUGAAACUGAGUAAAGAAAAGGCGUUAAUUGAAGAGGAAAUGAACGAGCUUCGUGAGAGAUUUUCGGCAGUUGAAAUAGAGAACUACAACAAGCAAGCUGAAGGUGAUACAUUACGUUCAAGGUUAAUAUGCAUGGAACAUGAAAUGGAAAGUCUGAAAUAUCUUUGCGAGGAUAAAGAGUGUCUUAUCUUAGAAAGGGAUCAUCUGAAGGACAGUCUAGACGAAUAUAUAAGAAUGCAAGGAGAUUUUGAAGAGAUGCAAAAGCAUUUAAAACGAUCAGAAGUAUUUAAAGCUGAAAGAGAUAUUUUUAAGUCAAAAUAUGAAAAUCUUAUUGGUUUGGAAUGUGAGUGCGACAUUCUGCGAACUCAAGUUGAAAAAGCCAAAACUAUUGAAAGAGAACGAGAUGCUUUAGAAACUCAAGUAGAAGAUUUAGAAACCUGUAUUGCGGACCAGGAGAACGAAAUAAAGCGAUUAGUUUGUCAUAUUGAUAUGUUAGCGAAAGAAAGAGAUGAAGAAAAGACAAACUUCAAGAGACGUUUAAAGCAAAUGAGGGAAGAGUUGGAAAAGAAAGAUAGUUUAAUUGUCACAGCCGAAGAAAAGUUGUGUUCAGUACAAAAUGAGUUAAGAAAUUCUAUUGAAGGGCUUAGUUUUGAAUCUCAAAAGUACAAAAUAAAAAAUGAAAAUUUAGAAUCUAUAAUAAGUUCUUUACAACUUGAAACACAUGAACUUGAACGUCAAAAUGAGGAAUUAAAAUCUUUUGCUGCCGAAGUACAAAUCGAAAACCAAAAACUGUUACAACAUAUUGUAGCUCUAAAAGGAGAUAACGAACAUUUUAUUACACACAUAAAAGACAUAACUGAAGACAAUUUAGUACUUCGUCAAAUAUUGGGAGAGAAAGAAGAUUCUUUAAAUACUCUGAAAGACGUUCUUAAAGAUCACGAACCCAUACUAGAGGAGUUUGAAAAGUCGAAGUUAGUCCACCGACGAGAUCAUGUAGAUAGUGGUUCAAUAUGUAUAUUAGCAAAUGAAUUGGAAUAUAUAAAAAAAGAAAAUAGACAAUUACAUCAAAAAUUAAUCAAACUAAGAAGUGUAAUACAAGAUCAAGAAGUUCAUGAGUUUCUACCGCAGUCAACGGAUUCGCAUGAAUCCGUAGAGUUAAAUAAUAAACCUUUUAAAAUGUUUAAUAAACAGGAUCUUUUGAAUAACAGGAAACUAGAAAACUAUAUAGUGAACUACUGUAUUUCAACAGGAAUGAAUACCAAUAUUGAGACUUGGAAUUGUAUUAAAAACAAACGAAAAGCGGAAGCAACCCAGGCUACCAGCAGCAUAGAUGCUUCCAGUACUGCUGAUUUAGAGGUCGAGAGUUCUUCUUUUAUAUUUCAGGACAAAACCAAUGACUUCUGUAGAGCUUCUUGUUCAAGACCAAAAGUAGAAACAGGUACUAUGACGAGAGAUAUUGAUGCUACCAGUAGUACUCCAAGGUAUCAACCACAAUUAAAACAUCAGUAUAUACGUACUCGUCCUCCAAUGUCCGAAAAAGAUACUUCUAUACGAGGUUCCGUCAGUGAUGAAUGCAUUUGCUUAGAGAACCAACAGCCAAUCCAGAUACCUCACGCUAAAGAUGGUGGCACUCAAUUUGAACCCGACAUUUUAAAAUGUAAUUGCAAACGUAAAUAUUUUGUAUCAACAUCAAUUCCUCAUACAGAAGUAACAGAUGUAAGAGCUAAUGCGCCAGUUCAUACCGACAAUAAACCUGAAAAAGUACAAUAUUUCCAUGCUGUGACGCAAGAUAGAAUUGAAGUACCAAUUACUUUAACACCAGUAAAAUGCACUGCAGAAUAUUCGAAAGAUAGAACUAAAGUACCUAUUACACCAACAUUAGUACCAUGCACUGCAGAAUGUGCACAAGAUAAAACUAAAGUACCAAAAUGCAAUGCAGAAUGUCAAACCAGAAAAGAAAGAUUAGUCAGACCUAGAGUAUCAAUUGAAGCAGCUAUAGAAAAACUACCGACACUAAAGACUGAAGACGUUGAAGAUAUACAUGAAAAAAUUGAAAUUCUUGAACAAGAAGUAAAAAGUGAUCAAGAAUUAUUGAUAGAAGUGGCAGAAGAGGCUGAACCAGACGUAGAAGAUAUAUCUGAGAAAGCAAGUGAGGAGGAGGUGGAAGAUAUAUGGUACAUACCACCCAAAGAAAAGAUUAGUUUGACCAAAGAAGUUGCAGAAGAAGAAGAAGCAGAAGAAGAAGAAGAACCAUCAAGAGCACCUACUGCAAAAGAAAAAAUACCACUAACAGAAAAGAUUAAAAAACUAUUAGAUAUUAAAAAAGAUGAAGAAGACAAAGUCAUCACUGCGAAAGAGGAUAUUAUUGAAGAAAAGGUUAUAACAGAUGUUGCACCAGAAAAAAUAACCAAAGUUGUGCCAACACAGGAGGAAUUGGAAGAGUUUUAUUCACCACGUCUUUCAAUUCCAAGUGAAUGUAAAGAACUAGAAGAACGUAUUCAAAUUCUUGAAUCCGAGUUAGCUGCAGCAAAUGAUACAAUCUACAAACUUCGAGAAAGUACAGGUAUAGUAGCUAGAGUGUCUGCUGAGAAUGAAGCUUUGCGAAGACAUUCAAUAGAAGUACAAGACGUAGCCAAAGACCAAAUUGAAGAUCUCAUUAACCACCUCAAAAAAUCUCAACUUCGAGUUGCAGCUUUGGAAGACGAAAACAAAAAAUUAAAUGAAUUGAAUUAUAACUAUGAGUUGGAACACAAAGAACUUAAACAAUUAAUCCAAGAACUUCAAAAGCAGAAUGAAGAGCUGUUGAAGACGAGAGACGAUAAAGACAUUAUAGAUAGUCUUAAGAAAGAGCUAGAAAAAGUUAAAUUGGAAAAAGAUGACAUGGAAAGAAUAUUAACCAAAGAUUUAUUAACUAGUAGUAGUAAAUCAUCUUUGAUGGAGAACGAAAUUAAGAGGUUAAAUGAAAUACUACUAAAUUUGCAAGAUUUAAAUAAAAAUCUGGAACAGAAAUUAAACUCAUGCAUUGAGCAAAACAAAAUUUUAUCUGAUAACUUGAACAAAUCAAAGUUAGAGCUUCAGCAUCUCAAAGAUAGGCAAAUAGAUGAAAAAGCAUUAGACGCUUUAAGAAAAGAAAAUGAAAAUCUGUUACAGCAAUUAGAUGUUUCUAAUCGUGAAGUAAAUCAAUUAAUGGAAAAAUUAAAAACGCCAAUGUUAGAAGAACCAGUUCACUGGCCACAACUAGAAGAUAAAGGUGCUAUAAAAACUAUUGUUGGGGAUCUUGAGAGCCAACUCAAAGCCUUGGAACCAGUUAAAGAUUUAUCACCAAAAAGAACAACUGAAGAUAUGCAAAAGAUGAUCAAUGAGUUAACUAAACGGUUAGAUGAUGCUGAAAAACGGACUGCAAAGGCUGAAGAGAUGUUAACAAAUUACAAGUUAAGUGACCCUACUGCAAUGUAUAACGAUGAGCUAAAUAAAUAUAAGUCGAAAAUUUUAGAAUUAGAAGCAGAGAAUAAGGAUAUUACCAAACUUACUAACGAAAUCGAUAAAUUAAGAAAAGAACUUAAAAAAAGCCAAGAUAAAAAUAAAACUUGUAGUGAAGAAAACGAGCAACUAAAGCAGCAAGUUAAAUAUUUAGAAGGUGAAACAAUGAAAAUAACGAAACCUACUGCAGCUGUACUUGAAACUCCGGGAGAUGAUGCACUUAAAAAUGAAUUGAAAAAAUUACAGGAACAAGUAUUAAAGUUAAAAAAUGAGAAUUCCGGAUUGCAAGGCAAAGCCGCUGAACUUGAUCGUGCCUUAAACAAAAUAGAUCAAUUACAAAAGGAAGUUGGAGAGUUAAAACGAGAUUCAUUGAAAGAAGCAAACGAAUUGGGAAAAUUGAAAAGAGAACUGGAAAGCGCAUUAAAAGCUAAAACAGCUGAUGCUAAUAAAUUAGAUUUGUUAGAAAAAGAAAAGACGAAAAAUCUUACAACUUUGCAAGGUUUAGAAGACGAAUUAGCCAAACUAAAAAAAGAACUAGAAAAUUGUUUAAACAAUGCUCAAGAAUCUUCUUCAAUUAUAUCUAACCAGCAAGAAGAAAUUGCUGCACUAAAGAAGAAAAUGAAUCAACUAGAAGGUGAUAAGAAUAAGAUCAAAAAAGAUUUAGACAAUGCCGUUGCAGCAUUAAAAUAUGCAAAUGAAAAACAGGAGAAGAAAGCAAGUGAAACUGAUAAGAUUUUACAACAGUAUGAACAAUUAUUAAAGGAAAAUCAAAGAGUACUAAAAGAAAAUGAAAAACUAAUGAAAGAUGAAGAAUUAAGUAAAAAAGAACGGAGUAAAAUUAUGGCUGAAGCCGAUAAGGAGAAGCUGAUAAGAGAAAAACCUACAAAAUUAGAAGCUGAGAUUUCGAAAAGGGAUGAAGAACUCAAGAACUUGGUAGAGAAACUAAAAAAGCAGAUAGCAUCUCUAGAGGAUCAAAAUUCCCAACUGAACAAAGAGCUCGAAAAGAAUCGAAACGAACUACUAAAUUUAGCAGAAACAGAAGAAAAGCAAAAAAUGUUAACUGAUGAAGUUAAAAAAGUAAAUACUGAAAAUGUAAGAUUAAAUACAGAACUUAAUAAGGCAUUAGAUGACCUUCAAAAAACAACAGCUGCUAAUCUACAGAACCAAGAGGAAAUAAAAAAAUUGAAACAGAAGUUAGCUCUACUAGAAUCUGAAAACGAUCGACUAAAAAAAGAAAUUAAUAAUGUCUUAGAUGAUUCGAAAUCGUCCUCUGCUGAACUUAGCAAAUUAAAAGAUAGUGAACUGGCUGUGAAGCAACGCCUAGCCCAAUUGGAAGCUGAAAAUCUGAAAUUAAAAAAUAACUUAGAUACUGUUAAUGCUACUAACAAAGGUAAUGUGUCAAAAAUUGACCAAUUAAACUCAAAAAUUAGUAAAUUGGAAGAAGAAAAUAAAAAUCUUAAGCAGCGUUUAGAAGCGGCCAUGAAAGACCUAGGUUCUCGAGAUGAAGCAGCAAUCUUUAAACAAAAGGCAGCUCAAACCGAGGACGCUUUGAAUAAACUUAAGAAAGAACUGGAUGAUGCAUUGAACGAUCAUAAGAAAUGUCCAAAAGUAAUAUCCGAAUUAGAAAAGGAAAAUGCUAAACUCAAAAAGCAAAUAGCUGAUCUUGAAAAGGAAAAUGAAAAACUAAAAGGCCAGUAUGAAGGUGCGAUGGGAGAUUUUAAGAAAACAACGUUAGAAUUGGAAAAGUUAAAAGGUGAAGAUGCAAAACUGAAGAAACAAUUAUCACAAUUAGAAAAUGAUAAAAAUGAUCUAAACAAAGAACUCGUAGUUAUGCGCACAGAACUAGGAAAAAUGGAAUCGUUGUUAUCUAAAUCAAAAGACGAUGUUGUAGCUCUAAAACAAAAAAAUGCUACAUUAGAAGAUGCUAAUAUAACAUUUAAAAACAAUCUAGAUUUAGCAUUAAAAGAUAAAGACAAACUACAGAAAUCAUACAACGAUUUAAAGAAUGAAAAUACCAAAUUAAAAGAAAAAAUAAAGCAGUUAGAAUCUGAAAAUGCAAAACUUAAAAAAGAUAUAGAAAACUUAACUUCAGUUGCUUUAGCAAAGGAUAUUCAUGCGAAAGCUGACCUCAUUUCAAAGGAGAGACUGGCUGAGCUAGAAAAAGAAAAUAAAAAAUUGAAGGGCGAGCUCAACAAUGUUUUAGAUGAAGCCAAACAAGGUGCUACAGCUAAAGACCAUGAAAUAAAACUUAAACAACAACUAGCAAAACUGGAAGCCGAACACAAUAAACUUAAAAAUGAGUUAGAAGCAGCUUUAAAGCAAGCACAAACUGGUAGUGGCCAAGUAUCGCAAUUGAAAAACGAAAAUAAUAAACUGGAACAGAAAAUUCGCCAGUUAGAGGGAGAAAUAGCUAGUUUAAGAAAAGAUCUCAAUACUGCUUUGGAAGAAGCCAAGAAAGGAGUUACAACCAUAAGUGCGGCCCAAGAUGCAGAUGCAAAGUUGAAGCAAAAACUCGCUAAAUUAGAAAAAGAGAACAAUAAAUUAAAUAAAGACCUUCAAUCAGCAUUAAAAGAAGCUAAAUCUGGUAGUGAUGCUACAACAAAUCUACGAGACGAAAAUGCAAAACAGAAACAGUUAGUUCUUCAGUUGCAAGCAGAAAUAGCAAAAUUAAAGGAAAAAGCUGAUGCAGCUGAAGACAAAGCGAAAAAGUCAGCUGUAACUGAUGAUGUAGCGGACUUAAAGAAGAAAUUAAAACUACUUGAACAACAAAAUUCUAGCUUAAAAGAAAACUUAGACGGAGCUUAUGGUGACGCUAAGAACACAGCUAGUGAAAAUUCAAAACUUAUUGAUGAAAAUUCUGAAUUAAAAAAACAAAUUAAAAACCUCCAAAAUAAGUUGGAUUCAGCAAAUCGGGCUUUAGCAGUAUGUGAAGAUGAAAAGAAACAACUGAAUCUUAAUAUUGCCAAGAUGACAGAUAACGAAGUUAAAAUAAAAAAACAACUAGUUGAACUAGAAAAGGAAAACAUCAAUAUGAAACAAACUCUUGAUACAUCUCGAGGAGAUAGUAAAGUUGCCAAAAAAGUAGAGGAUGAAAAUGUUCGUCUUAAAAAUGACUUGCUGCAAGCGCAAAAAGAAUUGGAGACAGCUCAGGGUAAAUUAAAAGAUGCACUUAAUGAAGUAAAGAAAAAGACCAACGAAAUACAAAAACUCAAAGAUGAUAUAGUAGUCCUUAAACAAAAAAUAGCUACCUGUGAGAAAGAGAUCGCAACUCUUAAAAACGAUUUGGAUUCUUGUCGUUCUGAAAAUUUAGAACUAAAAAAAGAUCAAGGUGACAACAUUUCUUCGAUGAGAAAACAAUUCGAGAGCGACAUACAAAAUAUUUUGAAGAAAAACGAAGACAGCAUAGAUAAACUUGAAAGAUCUUAUCAAGAGAAGAUUCAAUCACUGAAUAAAAAGCACGACGCAGAAAUUCAAAUGCUAAAAGAAUCUCUUAGAAAAGCACUGGAAGAACUAGAUCGAGUAACAGCUGAACGAGAUCAGUUUAAAUUAUUGCUGGAAGAUCACCAACGAAAAGGUUUAAGUAUUAAGGAAAAAGUUGAGCAGGUCGAAGAUAUUAUUAUUAAAGAAAGAAGAAGAAGUCAAGAUGAGAGAUUAAGAGGUGAUUUACUUGCUGAAAAACUUGAUGAUCAAGAAAAAAUAUCAAAAGCGUUAGAAGAAAAGGCCGAAAUAUUUAAACGGAAGUCUGAAGAAUUGGAGGAAAUCAUAAAGAAAGCUCCUAUUCUGGAAAAGGAAAAGCAAAGAUUAAGAAAAGUUGGUUUACCGGCAAUCUCUGAACCUAAGUUAACUGAUGAUGACUUGCCAAAGGAUCCUCAACUUCUUAAGGACAAGAAAGAUAAGGCUACACUGAAAGCAGAAACAUUCAAAAUUGUAUCUCUGGAUGGAAUAAUGCCCAACGUGAUACCCAUAACUACACCACUCUCAGAUAAAGAACUUAAAUUCUUUGGAAAGAAGAUAUGUACUUGCAAACCCAAUAUACAAGAAAUUAUUAAUAAAAUCGCAGUGAAUGGAUUAGAAAGUUUGUCAAUAGAAGAACUACAAUUUUUGCAUUUCAAAUUAUGCGAUGCUACAGCUGAGCAACUUGCAAAAGUGGGACAAUCAAGUGGAGUUCUAAGGCCAAACGAAAGCAGCAAAUUGGGUUUGUUAAGGAGAGUUGCCGCCGCAGAAGGAGAUCUGUUGAAGAAGCAAAAGCAUGCUCAACAAAAAGUUAUAGCAAUGCAAUAUGCAGUGAAACUGGAAAAAGAACGUCUUCUAGACCUGAAGAAAAUUUUAGACGAGGAAAAAAAGAAAAACAGUGACUUGUUAAAUCAAAUAGAAUCGCAAACUAAGAUUGUUGCUAAUAUUCGUGAAGAAAGGGAUUCUAUGCAGCGACAAAAGUCUUAUCACGAACAGAAACUAGAACAAUAUAUCAUAACCAUUGAAGAAGAACGAGCAAAAACUAGGCACCUGGAAGACGAAUUAGAAAAAGAAAAAACCACCGUACUGCAUUUUAAAUCACUUUUAGAAGCAGAAAGAGACCGAGCCAGACUCAAUAAAAGAAAAGAUAGUGAGGCAUUAGAGAGACUGAGAACAAAAUUAGAAAAAACCACUAACAGUGAAAUGGUCUUAAAAAUGAAGCUUCAAGGCUGUUCAAAAACAAGAAGUCAUUCUCCUUCCUUGCCAGUAAAAGAUAUAUCGUCUCAUCCCGUUUCAUCAAAAUCUAGAACUUAUUUUUACAGUGCAGCGUCUAUCGAUAACAAAAACCUUAGAGCUGAAAGCACAAGAAGAUUUUCAUACAAUAAUUUGUCAACAAGCCGACUUGAAAAGUAAAAAUGGCUCUGUAUUUAAAAAAAUGUGCAGUGCUUUGUAUGAACUAGUAUUAAAAAUACUGAAUAUAUGUUGUCACAACAAUUAUUA